AUGUUGGAUGAUAUCAGGAAAAGGUUUGAUUUUCCAAAUUCUCUUAUCCAGUCACAGGCUGUAGGUCAUCUUAUUGCUGCAGUGAUUAAAGAACAUGGGUUUUCAGAAAAGAUACACCAGUCCACAAACCAGACCCCUGCCUUGAAUUUGCUGUGGGAGAAGUGCUGCAGUGACAAUAUGGUGGUUCGAACAGCCUGCUGUGAGGGUCUGGUGGCACUUGUUGCUCAGGAUCAUGCAGAGUUCAGCUAUGUUGUCAAUGGGAUACUCAACCUGAUUCCCUCCACCAGGGAUACACAUGGCUUGAUAAAAGCUCUUAUGAAAUUAUUACAAAUACAAGCUCUAAAGGAAGGACAGCAUGGGGAGAAGAACAUUCAAGAUAUAUAUGCUAUAAGAACCCAUCCCCAGCCUUUGAUCACUGUGCUUGAACACAGGCCUGACUGUUGGCCAGUGCUGCUUCAGCAGCUGACAGCUUUUUUCCAGCAGUGCCCUGAAAGGUCAGAAGUUUCUUGUAUCCAAAUAAUGACACCAUUUCUCUGGUAUCUGUAUUGUGAACCAUCCCAGUUACAAGAAUAUGCUAAACUUCGACUAUCCCUCCUGAAAGUUUUACUUCAACCCAGAGUUCUUUGUAACAAAACACUACCAUCAAUAUUGGAACAACACAUACUUCAGCUGUUUUGUGACAUGGUUCCAUGUUUGCAGAUGAAAGACCUGAAUCAGACAACAGAGGUGAUGCUGUUUAUUGAGGAAGUAUAUCUGAGUCUUUUAUGUCAUCCUGUUUUCUGGAAAAUUCAGCUUACCCAGCUAACCCUUCAGCUGUUGUGUGUCUGUGAAGUCAGCCUAAAGAUAACUGGAGAAUGUUCAUCUUUAAUUCAGCUUUUAGAGCACAGUGUUGAACUUCUGCAAGAGGAUUUUCCUGUUAAACUGGUGAUUAUUGGAAUUACAUUACUUCUUCUACAGACUCCAGCAAGUCAACAGAAGCCAAUCUUAAACCUGGCUUUGAAGUUCCUCUCUCUUGCUGAACGUCCGAAAAUCCCCAAAGCAGCUCUGCUGCUUGUGAUGCCUCUUCUGCAGAUACUGUCUUCCACUGCCUUGGAAGACUGUAUGGCCAUGGAUGAGGAAGGUCCCUCUAGGCAGCAGUUGGCUCUAAAUCUUUUGGAAGUGGUACAGCAGGAAUAUUACAGAGAUGACCAAGAAAAGCUCUUCAGCAGGCUUACGUUUCCUAUAAGCAGCAUGUAUGGCUCAAUCUUCACAGCCUGGAGGAUUCUUGAAGUAAUGGGAGAAGAGUCUGCAGCAAGUGACUGGCUGACUGCCAUGGAGUCCUUGCUACCUGUCACUAUGGUGAUCCCCGUGCAUGUUAUUUUACUGCUGACUCACCUCCUUGUUGAAGAUGAAGGACAGAAUCUUCACCAGAUACUGAGGGUCAUCACACGGUUAGCCCAAGCAGAUUCUUCUCAGGUACCAAAUCUUAUUCCAGUUUUGCUGUUCAAAUUGGGAAGGCCACUAGAUCCUGUAUUAUACAAUGAUAUAUUGUAUACUUUACCUGCACUUGGUGUUCACAAGGUAUGCAUAGGACAGAUUUUGCGAGUAAUUCAAUUGCUUGGCACCACUCCACAACUAAGGGCCAUUACUUUGCGCCUUUUGACAUCUCUGUGGGAAAAGCAGGAUCGUGUGUAUCCUGAACUGCAGCGCUUCAUGGCCAUGUCUGAUGUGCCUGCUCACUCUGUGGGCAAGGAGCUCCACUGGGAGAAACUGAUUGCAAAAGCAGCGUCAAUCAGAGAUAUAUGUAAACAGAGGCCCUAUCAGCACGGUGCAGACAUGCUGGCAGCUAUUUCUCAGGUACUCAAUGAAUGCACCAAGCCUGAUCAAGCCACUCCAGCAGCCUUGGUACUACAAGGUCUUCAUGCACUCUGCCAGGCUGAGGUUGUCUGCAUUCGUUCCACUUGGAAUGCCCUCUCUCCAAAGUUGAGUUGUGACACAAGACCUCUUAUUUUGAAGACCCUGAGUGAACUGUUUUCUCUGGUACCUUCCUUAACAGUCAGUACAUCCGAAUAUGAGAAUUUUAAAGUUCAAGCCCUCAGUUUCCUUUGGACUCACACUCAGAAUAAGGAUCCAGUUGUAGCAAAUGCUGCAUAUAAAUCUCUGUCUCACUUCAGUGCAGGAGAGCACUCCAUUCUUCACCUGCCUGAAAAGAUAAGACCAGAAAUCCCUGUUCCUGAUGACUUAGAGGAAGAAGAAGAAGAAGCUGUGGAUCUUUCCAUUCCUGGCUCUUGCUAUCUCAAACUAUUGCCACUCACUGCUCCUUUGGUUUUACCAGCUUUGGAAGAAUUCUUUACAUCACUUGUGAAACAAGAAAUGGUGAAUAUGCCCCGUGGGAUAUAUCACUCUGCUUUAAAAGGAGGCAUCCACUUAGACCAAGGGAAGACUAGAGCAGGAAUCCCAAAUUUCAUAUUGAAGAUGUAUGAAACAAAUAAGCAACCAGGAUUGAAACCUGGACUGGCAGGUGGUAUGUUAUUUUGCUAUGAUGUUGCCAUGUAUCAAAGUAAAGAUGGCAAGCCACUGAAUCGACUUAUGGCCAGUAGAGGGCGAAGUUUCAAGCAGACAUCACUUGCCCUGGUUCAUGAGGUCCACAUCCAGCCUUCCGAGUGGCACCGUGCACUUUUUCUUCCACAGGCCUGGCUGGCGUAUAUGACUCGAGCUUAUCAUGCCAUUUUACAAGGCAGGAUAUCAGAACUGGAACUGCAGUUAAAACAUGGCAAGGAAGGACCUGCUGAGGUGCAGUACAAAAGAAGCACAGCCUGGCUCUGGGUCAGGGACAUGCUGGCUGAUGAGAUCACCAAGACAUCUGCGAAGGAGAGUCCAAUGGUCAAAGGCAAUGCACUCUUAGCCUUAAGCAGCCUUGCUGUCGUUGUGUCCAAGCAUGAAGCCAGCCUCUCAGAAGUUGAGGGAGCUCCGGAGGUUCAACCUAAUUUCCUUCCAGUGAAAGAUUGGGUUUCCAUGGUGCUUAAUACUCUCCUGGUUAUUGUGGAUAGCCAUCACCAACCUAGGGGACAAUUCUUUUCCUGCUUUUAUCAUAAAUCCUACUCUGGUGAAAACACAGCGAGUGCCAUUGCCCGGUCUGCCGCCGCCACAGCCUUGUCUCUCCUUGUGCCAGUUUCCAUUAUCUCUUGCAAAGAGAAGGUUGAGGAAAUCCUGAAUAUGCUGACUAUCAGGUUACCUGGGAAACCAAGUGCUGAUGAAUCUCAAGCUGUGCAAAUCCAUAUGGGCCUUGCUUUGGGGAUGUUUCUCUCUCGCUUGUGUGAAGAGAAACUCAGUGAUAUGUCUGGCCACCAGAUGAACCUUCUUCUAAUGAAGUCUUUGGAUGCCCUGGAGAACUGCUGUUUUGACACUAGUCUUGAAUACAACACUGGCUGUAUAUUGGGAGUUGGACUUGUUCUGUCCCUCAUGAGCCACAGCAGCCACACAGAAUCACGAGUUCAUGUGGCAGCAUCUCUCCAGAAGCUGUCUACCUACCUAGAUGACAGUGGAAGCCAGAGCAGGACUUUUCAAGAGGUCCUUGCCUACACACUUAGCUGUGUGUGUGCAUCAGCAUUCAGUGCUGGCAUUAUUGAGGCUGUAGAGGUUGAAGAUAUUAUGAAGAAACUUCAGCUGUUGGUAGAGAACAACCAGCAGACUUCAGGUUUUGCUCUGGCAUUAGGAAACCUAGUUCAUGGUUUAUCUGUGUGUGGACAUGGAAAAGCUGAAGACUUAGGCAGCAGACUUCUCCCUAGAUGGAUCAAAAUUGUUCUGACAGAGGGUACUCCUACAAUGCUGUGUCUGGCAGCUCUUCAUGGCCUGGUGGCCUUGGUAGGCUCUGAUGGGGAUAUAAUGCAGCUUAAAUCAGAAAUCAUCCAGACCUCUCAUUUUCAAGCCAGACUUAAUGAAGUCAUUAGAACUCUAACUGAGGUCAUCAGUGUCUCUGGGGUGAUUGGUCUUCAGUCAAAUGCACUAUGGCUUCUAGGACAUCUUCAUCUAUCUAUUUUGUCUUCAAAUCAAAGCAGAACUUCUGUUCCUAUUGACUACAGUUAUUUGCCCGAAAGCAGUUUUAUUAGAGCAGCUGUUGGCUUCUUCAUUACAGGAGGAAAAAAAGGUCCUGAAGCUGUGCCUCCUUCCCUUCUCAAAGUAGUGAUGAAACCCAUUGCAGCAGUUGGAGAAAGCUACCAGUAUCCUCCUGUGAACUGGGCUGCACUCCUCUCUCCACUAAUGAGGCUAAACUUUGGUGAGGAGAUACAGCAGCUGUGCUUUGAAAUUGUUGUCACUCAGGCACAGUCAUCGCAGAAUGCAGCUGCACUGCUGGGCUUGUGGGUGAUGCCACCACUGAUCCACAGUCUGAGUCAAAAUAUCAAGAAAUACCUCCUGGUAUCUGUGCCUCUGUGGAUAAAACAUGUCUCUGAUGAACAGAUCCAAGGUUUUAUUGAAAACUUAAUGGUGGCCAUUUUUAAAGCAGCUUCCCCACCUGGCAGCCCUGAGUUGUGUUCAAGUGCCUUACAGGGUCUGAGCCAAGCCAUGAAACUGCCCAGCCCGUCCCACCACCUCUGGACUUUGCUCUGUGAUGCUACUGGGAAAAUUUUUGACCUUCUGCCAAAUAAGAUUCAGAGAAGUGACCUAGAACUGUACAUCAGUGUGGCCAAGUGCCUCUCCGAAAUGACAGAUGAUGGUGCCAAUCAGGUUUUCCAGAUCACUAAGAACAACAUAGAAAAGGCUGCCUUUGUCAAGCUGUACUUAGUCUCUCAAGGACGAUUCCCCUUGAUGAGCCUCACUGAUCUGCUCACUGCAGUUGUGCAGCACCACGAGAAAGAGACUGUGGCCUGGAUGAUGCUGCAUAGCUUAUACCAGGCACGCAUUGUGAGCCAUGCCGACACAGGUGUGUUGAAGAGACUGGAGUGGCUCUUGGAACUGAUGGGUUAUAUCAGAAAUAUUGCUUACCAGUCAACAUCUGUUCAGAAUGUGACUCUUGAUGAGGCUUUGGACUUCUUGUUGCUGAUAUUUGCAGCCACAGUAGUAGUGUGGGCAGACCAUGAAGCCCCACUCCUCCUUGGCCUCAGUGCCAGUUGGUUGUCAUGGCAUCAGGAGAAUGACCCUAGUGGGCUAGCAUCUGCCUUCCUUGGCAGCAGUCCAAUGCACAGGGUCACCCUGCAGGAGGUUCUCACCCUCCUUCCCGGUAGCAUGCUGCUGCUGCUGCAAAAAGAACCAUGGAAGGAACAGACCCAGAAGUUCAUUGACUGGCUAUUAAGCAUCCUGGAAAAUCCUAAAGGAUCCUUCUCUGCAAAGUCAAAGGAUGUUUUGAAAGCUACCCUGCUGUCCUUGAGAGUUCUCCCAGAGUUUAAGAAGAAAGCCACAUGGACCAGAGCAUAUGGUUGGUGAAGUUUACAAGGAACCGACACAUUCUAUGCUGAAUAAGGCAGACUGUAGAAGUGGCGGAUUCAUAUUUGAGAUUGGUGAGACGUUGAUCCUCGCAGUCAAAGGUCAUGACAAGGUGGUCACAUACUGACAGUUCGACCUGUACAGGAGAAGGGUGUGCUGCUUUGGUACUCAUGUCAUUUGAAACUGAAGCAGGAACAUGACUUUGAUUUGGCCAGAGUUCUUUGUGAGCAUUUUUUUUUUCUUUGUGAAAACUGUCUUCUCUUCUUUGAAUUAUAGUAAAAUAAUCUUGUGAAUUUUGUGCAAUGUGACUUUUAUUUUUAAGUAUAUGGGAAGGUUUUGUCAGCGAAAGGAAAUCAUAAUGGUGACAAUAGUAUUGGAAUCUAUUGUUCAUGAAGCCUCAAAGAAGAUGGUCACUGACUCAGUGAUUUAGACAACCUUUAUUCCUGUUGCUAAAACACACACUUGGAACUGCUACACACAUUCAAAUUAAUAGGCAUGAUAUUGAAUAAACCAGAUUCAUUAAUGAUG